ACGACGGACACUCAUGGAAACGCACUGAUAGCGCACUGACGACGCAGUUAUAUGAAGCAUACUAUUUUUUCUCUUUGAACAGCAGCUUUGCAACCCAGCACUCGGUCCUGAUAAAGAUAAAUAUGUCUAUAUUUACGCCAACAAACCAAAUACGACUGACAAAUGUGGCGGUGGUGCGGAUGAAGAAGGGAGGGAAGCGGUUUGAAAUUGCCUGCUACAAGAAUAAAGUUGUGAACUGGCGAGCCGGAGCAGAGAAAGAACUGGACGAGGUUCUGCAGACACACUCUGUCUUCGUUAAUGUGUCCAAAGGGCAGGUGGCGAAGAAGGAUGACUUGACCAAGUCUUUUGGGACAGAUGAUCUGACAGAAAUCUGUAAAGAGAUCCUGACCAAGGGAGAACUCCAAGUGUCAGACAAGGAAAGGCAUUCUCAGCUGGAGACGAUGUUCCGGGACAUUGCGACUAUCGUGGCAGAGAAAUGCGUCAACCCUGAGACCAAGAGGCCAUACACGGUCAAUCUCAUUGAGGCGGCGAUGAAGGACAUCCACUACUCUGUCAAGCCCAACAAGAGCUCGAAACAGCAGGCUCUGGAAGUGAUCCGGCAGCUGAAGGAGUCCAUGGAGAUCCAGAGGGCCCACAUGAGGCUGCGAUUGGUGCUGCCAGCCAAGGAGGCCAAGAAGUUGAAGGAGAAGCUGAAACCACUCCUGCAGGUUGUGGAGAGUGAAGAUUUUGAUGAGCAGCUGGAAAUGGUGUGCCUGGUGGAUCCCGGCUGCUUCAGGGAGAUCGAUGAGCUGAUCCGCUGUGAUACCAGAGGCCGAGGAUCUCUGGAGGUUCUCAAUCUGAAGGACGUGGAGGAGGGAGAUGAGAAAUUCUAGGAACCCCAGCCUGUCGGGACUCUGCACCUUAUCCACACUAACGUGCCACACCUCGGCGCACAAAGAGUAUAUUUUCAAGGAAAUUCAUGCUAAUUUACCUUUUCAGAGUUUCUAUCAUGUAUUGGAUUUGUCUAACUUUGCCAGAUUUGCAUGCUGGGUGGAAUGUAUUUUCGAAAGUGUGUUUGAGCAUUCAUACCCAAACACGCCGAUCAGUAAAUAGUUCUGUUUUGCAUCCACCUAUUUAUUUAGGUUAAUUUCUGUACGAUUAACAGAACUUUUCUGCCUUCCAUCAGCCUUUGUGUGCCAUGUAGUCAUGCUCAAAUCCCAGUUUUAUGGAUCAAUACUUCAAAACAACAACUUAUAUUUUGUCAUAACGAACAAGCUUGCUCUGCAGCAAAUAAAUAUGUAACUAAAUUG